AUGGAAUACCUUCCUAGCCUUCAGCAAGAGUUCGACGAGAAUAAGCCGUCGCUCUUUGAACUCCUCGCCGAACAACAACUGUCAGAUCUUCUUCCACCAUCUAUACGUUAUCUUCUCGCAGUCGCAACCCACCGCCACCCGCGCUAUCUCCUCCGCAUCCUCAAUUCCUAUGACGAAGUUUACGCCCUCAUCUCCCUAAUAGUCGAACGUUACUACCUCCGAACGUUCGGCGGAUCCUUCACCGAGAAUUUCUACUCCUUGAAACGCGAACGGGUUCUCAAAACCAAGAAUGGCGAGAUUCCGCGCGCCCAGGUCGGCGCCGCUGGGCCUGUCCGCGACGCCCUCAAAUUACAUUCGACGGAUAUCUGGAAGAACCUGCUGGUGAUGGUGGGCAUCCCCUAUAUAAAGCGCCGGCUCGACGAAGGCUACGAUAUCCAUGCCGCCCCUCAGGCGUCUCUCGUCAUGGGCGACGGCCCCAGAUAUAAUCCCAACGACGACCUGCCGGCCAAUCCGUCGUUGCGCCAGCGUCUCUUGCACUACUAUAAGUGGUUCCUGCGGAACGUUUAUCCCUCCGUGAACGCCGCAUACUACUUCUCCGUGCUAGCGUUCAACCUCGCCUACCUCUUCGAUAACACAAAGUAUUCAUCACCGUUCCUGUGGCUCAUUGGCACACGCAUCCGCCGACUCGGCGCCGCCGACCAUCGAGCCAUCGCUGCGGUCCUAGACCCCAAGCCAGGACCUGGUACUGGACGAUCUCAACGACCGGGCGGUGGCCUGCUGGGCCUUCUAAGCCCGCAGAACCUCCACACGCAGAUGCUCACCUCACUGCGGUACUUCCUCCCCGCCUCGAUCUUCGCCCUCAAGUUCCUGGAAUGGUGGCACGCCAGUGACUUCUCCCGACAGCUUGCGCGCAAAGCAACAGAGGUACUAGAUCUACCGGCACCCGUCGUCGCGGGCCUCAUGUCCCCCGCCGAACGACGGAAAUCCUCCCUCCAAGACGAGAAAGAUAAAGCGAAGAAGCAAGAGCAGGAGAAGAAGAGCGCAGAUCUCAAGCCAGCGCUCAAAUCCUCUCGUCGUCAUCAGCCUCCCAUCUCCGCAACUUCCUAUCUCCCCAUAUACACCGUGGCUCUGCCUCCGGCUGAUUCGUCCAGCGCGAAUACGUGUCCGGUCUGCAUGGGCCCGCUCACCAACCCGACUGCUUGCCAGACGGGGUAUGUCUUCUGCUACGUCUGUAUCUUCCACUGGCUGAACGGCGAGCAUCAACGCCAACUGGAUUUCAUGGAUGGCGAAGGUGCUGGCGCGCCAUGGGAGGAAGAGAUCAAUGGCGAGGAGGAGGAGAAGGGAGACGAGGGCGAGAAGGGUACGCGAAAGAGAUCUGGGAAGUGGGAGAGUGGCAAGGGUCGAUGCCCUGUUACGGGAAGGAGAGUACUUGGUGGUACUGAUGGGCUGAGGAGAGUGUUGAUCUAA